AUGUCUCUUUUUACAAAUCUCCAAGCCCCAAACGGGCGCAAUUACGAGCAGCCUACUGGACUUUUCAUCAAUAAUGAGUUCGUCGCAUCAUCCUCUGGCCAGACGAUCACCUCAAUAGACCCUGCCACAGAGAAACCUAUCGUAACUGUACAGGCUGCUAGCGCACAGGAUGUUGACAAGGCCGUCAACGCCGCACACAAGGCUUUGCGCCAUCCCUCAUGGUCUGAUCUACCUGCUACUGACCGCGGCCGGCUUAUCGCCCGCCUUGCCGAUCUGAUUGAGGCCAACGGCGAACUCUUUGCCACUAUUGAUGCCUGGGACAAUGGCAAAACCUACAAGGAGGCUUUGGAGGGCGAUGUGGUCGAGGCUGUCACCACUAUCCGCUACUACUCUGGGUGGGCAGACAAAACAUUUGGACAAACUAUCAACACAAACAAGCACAAGCUUGCGUACACCAUUCGUCAGCCUAUCGGUGUUGUGGGUCAGAUUAUCCCUUGGAACUAUCCUCUCUCCAUGGCGUCCUGGAAACUGGGCCCUGCUCUGGCCUGCGGAAAUACAGUCGUGAUCAAAGCUGCUGAACAGACGCCCUUGAGUAUCCUCGUUCUAGCCCGCUUGAUAAAGGAGGCCGGCUUUCCCCCAGGUGUUGUUAAUGUGAUCAACGGGCUGGGAAGAGAGGCUGGCUCUGCUUUGGUCGAACACCCCUUGGUUGAUAAGAUCGCAUUCACAGGCUCAACGGCUACGGCUGCUCAUAUCAUGGAUGCUGCCGCUAAGACUCUGAAGAACAUCACGCUUGAAACAGGCGGCAAGUCGCCGCUGAUCGUCUUCGAUGAUGCGGAUCUUGAGCAAGCAGUCAAGUGGUCCCAUUUUGGCAUCUUUUCUAACCAAGGCCAGAUCUGCACUGCGACGUCUCGCAUCCUUGUGCAGGAUACUAUCUACGACAAGUUCAUUCAGAAGUUUAUAGACACCGUGAAGACUGUCAGCCGGGUAGGCAACCAGUGGGAUGAGAGCACAUAUCAGGGCCCUCAAGUUUCCGAGGCACAGUACAACCAGAUCUUGAAGUACAUUGAUAUCGGGAAGCAAGAAGGCGCCGUUGUUGCUGCUGGGGGCGAGCGAUUGAACCUUUCUGCCGAUGGGAAAGGCUUCUUCAUCGCGCCGACGGUAUUCACGGACGUAAGCCCUUCUAUGAGGGUUUUCAAUGAAGAGAUCUUUGGUCCUGUUGUGGCUAUUUCCCGCUUUGGAACGGAAGAGGAGGCAUUGGCUCUGGCAAAUAACUCCAAAUACGGUCUUGGCUCAGCUGUUUUCACAACUGACCUCGAAAAGGCACACCGCGUUGCUGAGAAAAUAGAGGCGGGCAUGGUCUGGAUCAACAGCAGCCAAGAUUGCGAUCCAAGAGUACCUUUUGGAGGUGUCAAGCAGAGUGGAAUUGGUCGAGAACUUGGAGAGGCAGGACUGGAAGCCUAUUCACAAAUCAAGGCCGUGCAUGUGAAUUUGGGGAGUAAGCUAUAA